UCUCACAAUCCUCUCCACUCUAAGAAGCAGGGUGAGCCCACAAGGAGCAAUGGAGCAGGGCAGCGGCCGCUUGGAGGACUUCCCUGUCAAUGUGUUCUCCGUCACUCCUUACACACCCAGCACGGCUGACAUCCAGGUGUCCGAUGACGACAAGGCGGGGGCCACCUUGCUCUUCUCAGGCAUCUUUCUGGGACUGGUGGGGAUCACAUUCACUGUCAUGGGCUGGAUCAAAUACCAAGGUGUCUCCCACUUUGAAUGGACCCAGCUCCUUGGGCCCGUCCUGCUGUCAGUUGGGGUGACAUUCAUCCUGAUUGCCGUGUGCAAGUUCAAAAUGCUCUCCUGCCAGUUGUGCAAAGAAAGCGAGGAAAGGGUCCCGGACUCGGAACAGACACCAGGAGGACCAUCAUUUGUCUUCACUGGUAUCAACCAACCCAUCACCUUCCAUGGGGCCACUGUGGUGCAGUACAUCCCUCCUCCUUAUGGUUCUCCAGAGCCUCUGGGGAUAAAUACCAGCUACCUGCAGUCUGUGGUGAGCCCCUGCAGCCUCAUAACCUCUGGAGGGGCAGCAGCUGCCAUGUCAAGUCCUCCUCAAUACUAUACCAUCUACCCUCAAGAUAACUCUGCAUUUGUGGUUGAUGAGGGCUGCCCUUCUUUCGCGGAUGGUGGAAAUCACAGGUCCAAUCCUGAUGCUGACCAGCUAGAAGAGACACAGCUGGAAGAGGAGGCCUGUGCCUGCUUCUCUCCUCCCCCUUAUGAAGAAAUAUAUUCUCUCCCUCGCUAGAGACUAUUCUGAUAUAAUAAUACAAUGCUCAGCUCAGGGAGCAAGUGUUUCCGUCAUUGUUACCUGACAACCGUGGUGUUCUAUGUUGUAACAUUCAGAAGUUACAGCAGCGCCCGGACAGCCUGACAGAGAUCAUUCAAGGGGGGUAAGGGGAAGUGGGAGGUGCAGUUUCUCAGAUUGGUAAAAAUUAGGCUGGGCUGGGGAAAUUCUCUCCGGAACAGUUUCAAAUUCCCUCGGGUAAGAAAUCUCCUGUAUAAGGUUCAGGAGGAGGAAUUUCACUUUUUCAUCCACCACCCUCCCCCUUCCCUGUAGGAAGGCAUUGGUGGCUCAAUUUUAACCCCAGCAGCCAACAGAAAAAUCACGACUUCUGAGACUUUGGGAGUUUCCACAGAGGUGAGAAUCGGGUGGGAAGGAAGCAGGGAAGAGAAAGCAGGCCCAGCUGGAGAUUUCCCGGUGGCUGUCCUUGGCCCCAAAGCAGACUCACUAAUACCAAACAACUCAGCUGCCAUCUGGCCUCUCUGAGGACUCUGGGUAACUUAAAGGGUAUAAAACAAAACAAAACAAAAACAUCAAACCAAUGAAAUAAAAUAAAUCAUGUCUCCUGCUAGAAUAGUAUUGGAUACCUGACUAAAUUACACAAAACAGACCAUAAUAGGAUAACGCUGUGAAUACAUCCUUCCCUGAUCACUGAGUCACAGUGAUCCUUGGCUGCUGCUGUUCUCUUCUGCAAGGUUGAAGCUUGACGUGUGAUGUACAUGGGUGGGCUCUUGGUCCACCCCAGGCUGGGGCCUGUGCCAAGCAUGAACUAGCUGGGACCAGUGGCUGACAGAACACAGGACUUCACUAAGUACCCGUAGGUCUGUGGAGCAAGACAGAGCAGAGUUGCCAUGUCAAUACCUGGGGAAUGAUAUGAUAGAAACAAUCUUUAUGACUAAAAGAAACUGAUCUUCUUCAUUAAAAAAACUUUGGUGUCCUUAA